UGCUUCUCUCUGAAAAGCAGACUACAGCAAAGAGACAUGCAAGGUCCGAAAAAAGAGGAACAGCAGGAGGAAGAUAUCUACGUUUGGAAUCAAAGAUUUCCCCAGGAACCGAACAUGAUGAUGGAAGGAAUCAAACGUCUCGGAGGAAAAGGAAAAGUUGGUGUGGAAGAGGAAGACAUAGGAGAUAGUAUGCAAUGCAAUAACCAUGCCUACAGAAACAACCCUGGUGGGAUCUGUCCGUUUUGCCUCCAAGAGAAGCUUGGCAAGCUUGUCUCCUCCUCUUUUUCUCUUCCUAUUCGUAGCUCUUCCUCUUCUUCACCCUCUCGUUUUAAAUCUGAUAUUGGAAAUGGUGGUGCUGGUUCUUCUUCUUCCUCUCCUUCACUCUCACUCCGGCCCACAUUAACGAAAGUUAUCUACGAUGGUGGCAGCAAAGAUGGUCAUUAUCAUGAGUAUUAUAGAAGGCGGGACCGGAUCCUUUUUCUUUUACGUAAGAAGAAGAUCAUGAAGAAGAAGAAGAAAGUUACUACAGUAGCAGCAUCCGAUCGUGCAGCUAAUAUGGUUUUUAAGCGAAGCAAGUACACCGCAACCCCUGGGAGAAAACAGUUAUCGGGUGGUGAUGACAAUGGUGAACACGUUAGCCCAAGAAAAAGUGGUGGAUUUUGGUCAUUUCUCUAUUCUUCUUCUUCUUCUACUACCACUACUGCUUCCUCUUCUUCAAAGUCCGGUGCUUCCAAUAGUACGGACAAAAGCUUCAGAAACGGCUCCAAGAUCACAACUUUGAAAGCAGCCGAAGCGACAAAUGGUUCAGUUGGUAAGCAUAAAAAGAAAAAGCGUCCAGGGUCCUCUCUGGGCGAGAAAAGUAACAUUGUGGAAGAUAAUGAUGAUGAUGAUGGUUCCACUAGCCAAGCAACUGCUUCAGCCUUGUCCCUUGAGCGUAAGGUUUGGAGAUCCAGAUCUGUUGGGUGUGGAAGCAGGCGCUUCUCAGGGGACUUGUUCGAGAGAAUCUCCGCUGGGUUUGGGGACUGCACUCUAAGAACAGUGGAGUCGCAGGGGGAAGGCAAGUCCAAGGCCUCGGCCUCUGCCGAAAUACGCAGUGGCUCUAGCAGCGGCCAUCAACAGAAGUGCAUGAAAGAAAGGAUGAAGUGCAGUGGCAUAUUUGCUGGAUUUAUGAGGAUUUGAACGGGAAAGCAGCUAGCAGCCACCACCAACUUGGCUGCCAUUCCUCCCAAAACAAAAUUAAAGGAGUUGGAAAGCAGCACUUGUGUACACUACAACAAAUAUAGGUUUUAGUGACAGAUUGAAGAUAGUGACAGUCUCUAAACCGUCACUAAAAGUCAUUUUCUGUGACGGUUUGUGGGAACUGUCACUAAAUGAUAGGGAAGAAAUUUUUAACGUUUGAACGUUUUAGUUAAUUUGUUCGCACGUCACAAUAACGUUUGAACGUUACGCAUAUUCACGUGCGAACGUAAAAAUUUUAGCGCCAAUGUUUGAACGUUAUAUGUAAUUACGUGUGAACGUAUC